AUAACACUGCAGGUAGCGCGACGAAACGCAUUUCGACUUCGGAACUUUGCAGAUUCUAUGGCUCUCCGCUGAUUUGUCCAACCCGCUUGCGGAGCCCACAGGUGAAUCAUCGUUACCCGUUCUCUCGGAAUUCCGAAGUCCAAGGGGGAGCUCCCGAUCGAGGACUCUCCACUCCCCGAAUCCUCGCCUGAGAUCGACGCAUCAAAAACUCAGAACACCGCAUCCACUCACUCGGAGCUGCGUUGGAAGCUGAACAUGUCAGAAGAAAGUUCCAAGCCAGCUCAGAGCAGCUCACUGUUCAAGACUCGAGCUCGUCCAGGAGGCGGCAUCCGAACUAGGAAAGAAUCGUCAGACGAGUCUGAUGGCGAGCAAUCGUCGGUGAAAAGAGUGGAGCGCAAGAAAUCGCGCGGCUUGGUGACAGAGAAUACGAACAGAAAGAAAUGGAAGCAGGACGAAGAAUCUGUGGUCCAUUCUUUCGCGUCGAACAAGCAGAGAGCGGGGCCAUCUGAUCAAGGAGCAACGGCCACCAUAGAAAUCGACACCGAAUUGGACAAGGACGCGAGAGCGAUUUUCGAACGAGCUCAGAAGGUCAACGAAGACCUCCAAGGCAAGGAAGAUGACAGAGUCUAUCGAGGGAUCAACAACUAUACCCAGUACAUAACGAAAAAGGACUCUGCUGCUGGCAGUGCCGCGAAGAUGAAAGUCAAGGGACCGCUCCGAGCUCCAACAAAUAUUCGCAGCACAGUACGAUGGGAUUAUCAGCCAGACAUCUGCAAGGACUUCAAGGAGACGGGAUUCUGCACUUUUGGUGAUUCGUGCAUCUUCAUGCACGACCGCAGCGAUUACAAGCACGGGUGGCAGUUGGAUCGAGAGUGGGACGCGAAACACAAGAAACGAGCUCAAAACGGGGCUAGCGAUGACGAAGACGACGACGACGAAUAUCGCAUUCCCUCCGAUGAAGAAGACCUUCCCUUCGCGUGCUUCAUAUGUCGCGAGGAUUUCGUUGAGCCUGUUUCGACAAAAUGCAAACAUUAUUUCUGCAAGAAGUGCGCGCUAGAUAACUUGAAGAAGUCGAGUCGCUGUUUCGUGUGCGCUAAACAGACGGGAGGAACUUUCACAGCGGCCCGAGAGCUGGAAGAGAAGCUCAAGAAGCGGAGGGAUCAAACCGCUUGAAUAUCUGUUAUCUGUAUACGGGAGCGAGAACUCGUCCGAAUGAGAACGAGAACUCAUUUUUGUACAUAAAGUGAAAUGUCCAUUAAAUGAUUGAAACGCGU